GGGCAGGGCGCGGGCAGCUCGGGCUGUCCCGCAGGGACGGGCCACUUCCCGCCGGAAGGUGCCGGGCAGCGGCGGCAUGGGGAAGGUGCGGGACGGCGGCGGCGUGGCCAGGCGGCUCCUUGCCCUGCUCCUCGUCGCUCUCUUAAUUAUUGAAACACAGUGCAAAAAUGAUACUGAAGCUCUAAUAACAUCUAAUAGGAGGGUCAUUUCCAGGAGGGAAAUUAACUGCAGGGAGGAUGAAUACAAUUUAGAUACUCAGUGUUGCAAGAAAUGCAGAAGUGGUUUUGUUAAAAAUGUCUCCUGCCCAACAGAUGUUAUCAAACACUGUGCUCCAUGUGAGAAAGGAAAGGAAUUCAUGAAUCACCCUAAUGACUUGGACAAGUGUUUGAGAUGCAAAUUGUGCGACAGCAACUUUGGUUUGGAGGUUGUGAAGAACUGUACCCCAGAAGAGGACACGCGGUGUGACUGUGCAAAGAACUAUUUCUGCAGUCCUGCAGGAUGUGACACUUGCAUUCCAUGUACCAUAUGUGAAAGCGGUGUAAUUGAAAAACAAUGUACUUCAGCUUCAGACACUGUCUGUGGAACAAAAGAACCAGAAAUGCUGUGGUUGAUCAUUGCUUUGGCAGUUUUGGUAGGACUACUAUUAAUAACUGCAGCAAUAGUCUGGCACAGGAGAAAACAGAGGGGUCUUAUGAACAUUGAGGACCCAAAAGAUCCAGUUUACAGAGAGCCAGAGAAUAUACCUCUCAUAGUUGCAGAUGUUGACCUGAGCAGCCACAUUCCUGGUAUCGUGGCAGAGAUGACCCUCACAGACGUCAAGAAAUUUGUUCGUCACCACCGCAUUUCAGAACCUGCCAUAGACCAGAGCAUCCAGGAUUGUCCUGGUGACACAUCUGAACAGAAGAUUAGGCUGCUUCGAGUCUGGUAUCAGAGUCAUGGGAUGAAGGGAGCCUAUAGAACCCUAAUAAGCAGCCUGAGAGAGUUAAAAAUGUGUGCUAUAGCUGAUAAAAUUGAGAAAAAACUGAAUGCAGCUAUUUCCAGCUCUCAGGAAGGGGGACGGUCUUAUAAUCCUGACACUGAGCAAAACAAAACUUGCACUCAGGAAGGUAGAAACUCUUACAAUGACAGUCCUGAGCCAAGUAAAGCUUAUACUGCUAGUUUGGAAGAGACCUAGGACAGAGUAAUUUGAAAAUUGUUAUUUAUAUUAGAAAAAUACUCAUUCAGAAAUAAAGUUUCUAAAUUACAUUUUCAUUGGCAGUUCUGAUUGAACUCAAGUGAAUUAUUAAUGGCAAAAGGAAUAACUACAAAUUUUGUAGCAAUAUCUUUCCUUCAAAAAAGUUCUAGCCUUUUUUGGUUGUUAAGGACUUGAAGAAGUUUUAUGACUUGUUUACUAAAAGAUGCAAUAUAAGACUCCAGCUAUAGGAUCCCUUACAAGAGGAAAGAAGUUAUAAUCUGAAGAAAAGGAAUGGGUUAAAUGCAUGGUCCUGCAUUAUGUAAUCAAUGUAAGGUUCUGUAUACAUUAAAAAUGCAGGCUGUUAUUUUUUAAUUUUUUUAAGGCAAAGCUCUCGUGUUAUGAGUUUACAAAGUGUACCAAAGUGUACUUUUUUUUUGAAAAAAAAGUUACCUACCUUACACUUGAUUAAUUUGAAAUGUAGGUGUUGCUGUGUAGAUUCUACUGUGCUGCAAAUACAGAUUCUAUUUUUCAUAAAAGCACUUCUGUGUGUAUAUAGAGUUUUGUAUAUGUGUGCAAGUUUUCUAUAGGAAAAGCUCCCAGUUCUAGUAAAAAUAAUUUUCUCUGUUGUUCUCAGCAUAAAUUAUUAUCUCUGUUGUUCUCUUCUAAUGUUCAAAACCUUCAGAGAAAUAGGAGCUGAAGGGUUAGCAGCACAACAGAACCAUCAUUUCUGGAAGGGAACCUUCAGAGUGUAUGAUGCUUUUCUAGUGCAGAAUCUGGUACAAUGAAAGCAUCUUCUUCAUUAAAAAAAU